GUGAUAGCAAGGCAUCGGUCGUUUUCGAUCGAGUUAUCCGAGCUGGACCCGCCCCGACACACUGAGGCUGAUCGAGGGAGGGAGCACGAGCGAGAACGAGGUUGGUAGCGGAGCUCCGUGGUUGGCCCCACGGACUCCAGGAGAGUAGCAGAGGGAUUCGCCAUCCCGACGAGCCAUGGCGACUGGAGACACCUGCAGCAGUGCUGUGGAUCCGGAGAUACCGGUGCUGAAGGGUGAGUCUCUGGAGGACUUUACCAGGCACAAGAGGGCAGUGCAGGCGGCCGAGCUUGGAUGUAAGUCUAAGGGGCAGAAGAUUACGCUCGGGCCCAAGCUGUACCGCAACUUCCUCGGCGCGGACAAUUCGAUCAGCGUCCUAAUCGGGCAGACGGGCCCGAAGAACUAUGCUGUCGAGAAGGGCUCCGAGGUGCUGCUCAAGUUCCUGGAGGCCCAGCCCUUCGCCAGGAGUCGUAUUCUAACAUCGGGGCUCCUGCAGUAAACGAGCUUAGCAGUAACAUAUUUUACUGCCAUGACUCUCCAGUGCGGUCCAUGCU